ACGGGAUCUAGGUAGAGCUGUAUCCAGCUCAGCCUCUGUGGCUUGGCAGUUCCUCAGCUUCAUGACAUGGGCAAUCAACUUUAAUCAAGCAUUAAAGCUACGUGGGGUUUAGCUCUUUGCAGGCGUCCAACAAAUCAAUAUCGACGUGCGCUAUACGACACCUCGACAAGGCGACAAGGCGACGACAGUUUAUGUGAAAGAGACUUCUUGUGCACCUGAAUCCGUAACAUCAUCAUUAGUCGUAUGAAUACGUAGAUAUCGAACUUGCGGUCGAAGGCUCCACGCCAAAUUGGCAUCUGCCUACCUCCCCUAUAUCCCCUAUCCAAUACUCCGCGCCGACAACGCACAAGAUGGCGUCGGCUGUCUUCUUCCUCGAUUUGAAGGGCAAGACCCUGCUUGCUCGAAACUACCGGGGAGAUAUUCCCAUGUCCGCCGUCGAAAAGUUCCCCAUCCUCCUCAGCGAAGCAGAAGAAGAAUCAUCAGCCGUACCACCAUGUUUCUCCCACGAGGGUAUCAACUACCUCUACAUCCGCCACAACAACCUCUAUCUCCUCGCCUUGACAAAACGAAAUACCAAUGCCGCCGAGAUUCUACUAUUCUUACAUAAGAUUGUCGAAGUGUUCACGGAAUACUUCAAGGCCCUCGAAGAAGAGUCUAUCCGCGACAAUUUCGUCAUCAUUUACGAGCUACUCGAUGAGAUGAUGGACUUUGGCUACCCCCAGACUACCGAGUCCAAGAUCCUACAAGAAUACAUCACGCAAGAGUCGCACAAGCUAGAGGUACAAGCACGGCCGCCAAUCGCCCUUACGAAUGCAGUGUCGUGGCGGUCAGAAGGUAUACGGUACAGGAAGAACGAGGUUUUCCUAGAUGUCGUCGAAAGCUUGAACCUGCUCGUGUCUGCGAACGGCAGUGUACUACGCUCUGAGAUUCUAGGUGCGAUCAAGAUGAAAUGCUAUCUAUCAGGCAUGCCGGAGCUACGUCUGGGAUUAAAUGAUAAAGCCAUGUUCGAAACGACAGGAAGAACGACAAGGGGCAAAGCGAUAGAAAUGGAGGACGUCAAAUUCCAUCAAUGCGUCCGGUUAUCGCGCUUUGAGAACGACCGAACCAUCUCUUUCAUUCCUCCUGACGGCGAAUUCGAGCUCAUGAGCUACCGACUGAACACCCAGGUCAAACCCCUAGUCUGGGUGGAGUGCGUAGUAGAAAGCCACUCAGGCUCGCGCAUCGAGUACAUGCUAAAAGCGCGAGCCCAAUUCAAACGGCGAAGCACAGCGAACAACGUCGAGAUCAUCGUGCCUGUCCCCGACGACGCCGACUCGCCUCGUUUCCGGACAAACAUCGGCAGCGUGCACUACGCGCCCGAACAAAGCGCCAUAGUCUGGAAGAUUAAGCAAUUCGGCGGCGGCAAGGAGUUCCUGAUGCGCGCGGAGCUAGGUCUGCCGAGCGUGAAGGGCGAUGACGAGCACGGAGGCGGUAUGACGGGUGGCUUUGGCGGCAGCAUGGGCGGCGUGAAUACGAAGGGCGCCAAGAGGCCUAUCCAGGUGAAAUUUGAGAUCCCCUAUUUCACUACGAGUGGUAUCCAGGUUCGAUACCUCAAGAUCACGGAACCAAAGCUAAACUACCCCUCCCUCCCCUGGGUCCGAUACAUAACGCAAUCAGGCGAUAUCGCCGUGCGGUUGCCGGAUGCUGUGUAGAAACUGAGAUGAAGAUUAAAUGAAAAUGCAAUUGCAAAUGAGAUAGCAGCGGAAUAGAUCGGUAGCGUAAUGUGGAAUGUGAUGACCUCUUUGUUGAGAGGAGUUCAUGUUGAUGUCGUUGAUGACGUUGGCUGUAUGCGAUUCUGUGCGAUGCAAUGCAAUGCCAUGCAAUGGUGUGAUGCGAUAUGAUGUGAGUGGUAUGAUAUAUCAUACUUUAUUCGUGGCGUACAUUAGUACAUACAGCUCUUCUGGGCUACUUCAGCGCCUAGGUAUCGGCUGGAGAAUAGACAAAGAAGUGAAUCUUUCGGUGUGUCUCAUGAUGGUCUUCUAGCGUUUGAGAGAUCAGGGGUGGUGUCAGUGUACUCAUUUGAAGAGUCCAGCUACAACUUUCUCCUCGCCAUUUGCUUCAUGUUUCUAAUACUGAAUUCUUCGGAGUAUGAAGCUGUGAUUUAGCGAAUGAUAGG